GCGGAAGAAUCAAGGAUGGGAGCGUUUAUGUACAUCAACGAGCUAUGGAAGAAGAAGUCUUCCGAUGUGAUGCGCUUCAUUCAGCGCAUCCGCUCGUGGGAGUUCCGUCAUCAGCACACCAUUGUUCGUCUGCGCCGCCCGACGCGCCCGGAGAAGGCCCGCAUGCUUGGCUACAAGACGAAGCAGGGCUUCUGCGUCUUCCGCGUGCGCGUGCGCCGUGGUGGUCGUAAGCGCCCCGUCCACAAGGGCAUCACGUACGGCAAGCCCAAGACCAGCGGCGUCCUCGGGAUGAAGCUCAACAAGAACAACCGCGCGAUCGCGGAGCAGCGUCUGGGCAAGCGCUUCGGCAACCUGCGCGUGCUGAACUCCUACUGGGUGAACAUGGACUCUACAUUUAAGUGGUAUGAAGUCAUCGCGGUCGACCCGAUGUGCAAGACGAUCCGGCGUGAUCCUCGCGUCAACUGGAUCGUGAACGCCGUCCACAAGCACCGCGAGCAGCGCGGCCUCACCUCGGCCGGCCGCAAGCACCGCGGUCUCUACCACAAGGGCCACAAGGCAUCCAAGCUCCGCCCCUCCUACCGUGCCGCGUGGCGCCGCAACAACCGUAUGGUUUUCCUGCGCAAGCGAUAAAGAACGGUGCCCAGCUCUUCUGCGACCUUUUCUAUGACUUUGUUUUAUUUUUGUUUGUUUAAAAACUAAAGAUGAGGGCAGCUCAACCACAUCAAUCGUACUUCGAACGGUUGGGUUCUGCUUUCGCCCUUUUUUCCUGCACCAUACCCCCUCCCUGCGAAUAUGUCUCCUAAA